GACAUUCAGGGUGGGUCUCCCAAACGAUGCUCACUUGUUCCCGGGCGGCCCGUCAUGGCGACCCUGGGCCAGCUGGUCGCAAAUAGUCUGUGGUUUGCCUUCGACGCUCUUGAUCACCAGAAGACCGGUGUUGUACCUAAGAGUCAACUAAAGGUUUUAACACAGAAUGUGGGCGUCCUCUUGAAAGUGGACAGGCAUGUGGAAAAUUGUAUUGCUGAAUAUCUUAGUUCAAAACAAUUAAAUUUUGAGCAGUACCUCUACUUUCUUACACACGAGGUUCUAGCUGAAGUAGAUGAUGGAUCAACACCAUAUGGUGAGCUUAAGAAACAUCAUGACACGCUUGAACACACUUUCUGGCUUCUGGGCAGGGCCACACUUUUACAGCGACAUUUCCCAGUUUUCUCGGAGGAUGCUGUGUUCAAACUUUUCCGUAUAUUCUGUCUUCUGGCGGACCGAUCACCAGCGAGAAAAAGUCUUUUACAGGUGACACUAAAUAUUGUAGAGGUGAGAGAGGUUACAAGGCAUCUGAUCACAAAUCUAGGAAGAGAAUGGGACAUUCGUGAUUUUAAUCAAUUAGCAACAUCAAUUUCAUGCUUCACAUUUCCUGUAUUCCUUACAUUUUUAGAAGGUCGCUAUGCACAGGAUACUGAAUCCCCUGCACUAGAGAGAGGAGUCAGUGAAGUUUACAAGAAUUUUGUUGAGCAAGUUCUGAAACUUGGAAAGGUGUACCAGCGUGUUUGGUGGGCACCAUUAUGGGUGAAAAGAGAGAUAGAAUUACGACCUUGGGCAUUGGUUGCGCCUAGCCAUAAACUUAAAGUGCGAUCAGCAGCACUAGCUAAGGUGGUGGGUCGGGCACAGGUAUACCUCACUCCCUCGGCCACAGUUCAUAACAUCCCUGAUGAACCUGGUGCGAGGUUGUGUCGCUUCUCACUCUGCUUAGAAAGCAACAAACUUGUUCAGCUAGCAGCUACUGAUCACAGGAACAAGUCUGAAUGGUUACGAGCUCUAGAUGCUGCUAUUCAUCAUUCUAGAGAAACUCUUCCUUAUCAAGCAAUAAUGUCGGCUGCUAGAAAGAAUGAGCAUGCAGAAGAAGAAGCACGAGAAACUGCUGAACGUAUAAGACGUGACUCACAGGCAGACAUUAUUGAGAAUACACAAGCUGAACUUAUGGCUGAAAAAGUGGCUCGAGCACAGGCUGAAGCAGCAGCCCGACAGGAAGCUGCAGCUCGUCAAGAAGAAGAAAAAAGGGUUUUAGAACUUCAGACUAUGAGACUUCAGCUUGAAACUUUACUUGAGGAAGAGACCCAAGCAAAACGUGAUGAAGAAAUUGUUAGAAACCUUCAAGCAAGAGUAUUAAGUGAGGAAUGGGAGCGGAGAGAAGAACUGGAACGUCUACAAGCAGAACAAAAAAAAAUGUUGGAAGAGGAGACAAAGAAACGACAAGCCUUUGAGCUUCAGCAAGAAGAGAAAGAUAGUCAACUUAGAGAGGCAGAGAAACGUUUACGAAAGCUAGAAAGUGAGAGACUGAGACUUGAUCAUGAAUUACGUAGCGCCCGAGAGAAGAUUAUCAUGUCUGAACGUGGGAAAGAAUUGCUGGAAGCUAGGAUGAAGGUCAAGGAGAGAACACCACCUGUCCGCACUUACUCACUUCGGCCAAUACGAAAGGAGCGUGGAACAGCCCCAGCCAGAUCUUCAUCAUUUAAUGCUCAUGCUGCACGCCUGUUCAAGUUUCGCUCCAAAAAUGAGGACACUAAUGAUAAUGGAAGUGGAAAUAGCAAUGGUACUGUGGAGAGCAACUGAAGCUUAUUAGUGCUAUGAGAAGUAGCAAAUCUUGAUGAAAUAAAGUUAAUAUAUAUUUUAGAACAUACUGAAUAAAUUUGUCUGUGACAUGUGUAUAUAUGAAAUUUUAUUUAGAGAAUGACACUUAUUUAAAUCUAUGUAUAACAAAGUAAGAAUAUAUAUUAUAAAAUGCCAUGACUGCUCAAUCUGGGUGCAAUAUUUUAAAUUAAGUCAUUCUUUUCAUAUUUUGAAUUCAGAAAGAGAAGAGAGAAAAUAUACUAAUACAAUUUAGGUUAAGCAAAUAUUGUAUACAAGAGCUUUGUUUUAUCCAUCAUGGAGUUACAGGCUUUUACAACUGGUCAGUGGUGCUUUACUUGGUGUAGGUUUGAUAUUGUACCUGGCUUUCCUAAGACCUUCUUAGAGUCUCCUCUCUCUGUUUACAUGACUUAUGAACAUGACUGUCAGUAUGAUAUUUUUGUGCUAGAUAUGUUAUCGUUAAGUGUAUUCUUAAAUAUAAUGAUCCCAUAGUGUACUACAUCUUUCAAUAUCGUUUUCAUUUGCUUAGAGCUUUAAGCACUUUGGUUUGCCUUGACCUCAUUCAGUGCUAUAUAUAUACAUACUAGUAUUAGCAAAAAAUAAAUAAUGCAAAACAUUUUAAUCAUGAUGUUAUUGUAACUCAGCAAUCACAGAUGUAAUAAAUUAUUGAAUUUAUUUUUAUUAUUCAUAUCAGUAUUAUGUAAUUUGUUUUUCUUUAUAUAAAUUACAGACCAGUAACAUUCAGCCCAUCUUUUCAUAUUUCUUUACAAUAAGAUGUAUAAAAUUUCAUGAUCUACAGUACUGUACUAUGUGAAAAAUAAUGUACUGUAUUAUAUUCACAGAAUCUAUUACUUAUUUGACAAUUUGUAUCAAUAUUUUGAAAUGUUGACUACUUCCCCAUUAGAUGUACAGUAUAUGAAAUUAUUAAAAUUCACGUAAAUCCAAAAAUGGGAAUACAUUUGUAAAUGCAAAACAAUACACUUAUAAAAAGCA